CUGUCACGCUCCAGCCUCUGAUCACUCGGACGCCUGGCGCGAGCUUACCCAUUUCGCCGUCGCGCCGCUCCCUCUGUUUCACCGAGAUUGUCUAGUAUCCCUCAGUGAACGGCUUACGUACUUCCGACUCAUUUACCACUGAUUGAGCCGUCUCGUUUCCGUCCGCAUUAGUGAGUCUCUGAUUGUUGGUUAUUGCUGAACCGUCGGCUGCUGCUACUGAACAUUCGCCGAACCAUGGAUCGACUUGCCGCCACCCUACCGGCUCACAAGAGCCCAUUCCUUUCCGCCGGCAUUCCGCUCCGCACGCGCGCGGUAACACAACCCCCUCGCGCGGCCUCCCCCUCCGCGCUCCCCCCGAUCUCCAACAUCUUCUUCCUCCGCCCGCCGCCUCCCCCGCCGCCGCCGCCGCAGGAGCCGAGCACGGGGAAGAUUCCCGCGCCGGGGCGGUACGGCGGGCCGCCGCUGGACAAGCGAAUCCGGCAGUCGUGGGGGGGGAAGAAGGAGGACCCGCUGGAGUCGGGCGAGUAUAUCUGGAACACGGAGUGGAAGAAAACUGUCACGGUGGAGGACGCUGAGAAGGACAAGGCGGCAGCGGUGGACCCCAUAGCAGGAGCCGUGUCGUCCAAUGACCCCGGCCCCUCCGAUGGCUUCCUCUCCCUCGGCCGCUCGCUUGCUCUCGACAGCAUGGACGUGGAUCUGAGCGCGGAGCUGAGCAAGCCCAGCAAGGCCACGCUGGAGAAGCAGGUGGCGGCAGCCAGACGCGCAGCAGGCAUGCAGGCAGGGCAGUCGAGCGGCGACGAGGGCAAGAUCAAGUGGCGCUACGCGCCGACCUCCAAGGAGGAGAGGCAGUGGGCCGAGGCCAACAGAAAGAGCGCCAAAAUGGUGAUGGCAUUCGUGGAGAAGGAGGAGCCGUUGACCCCGGAGCAGAUAGCAGAGAGGGAGAGGAAGCAAUACGAGGAGCUGAAGCAAAGCCUGGUGCUGACGACCCUGGGGCUAGGAGUGGCGUUCACCGGGACUGCUGCUGUGUUGUACAGCCCGGAGAUCGCUGUCAGCUAUGCGGUGGGCGCGGUGGGGUCGCUGGUGUAUGUGCGCAUGCUCUCCUCCAGCGUGGAGGCCCUGGGGGCCAGCAAUGUGCAGGGCGCUGUCAGGGGAGCUGUGGGGCAGCCGCGGCUGCUGGUGCCGGUGGUGCUGGUGAUGACAUUCAACCGAUGGAACGAGAUCCUAGUCCCUCAGUACGGCGCAGUGCCCCUGGAGCUCAUCCCCAUGCUCGUGGGGUUCUUCACCUACAAGGCUGCCACCAUCACACAAGCCCUGCAGGACAUGCUCGCCCCCUUUGCUCCGCCUCCUUCCUCCGCCUCCUCUUCCUCCUCUUCCUCAUCCUCGUCUUCGUCCUCUUCCUCCUGAUCUUCCCUUUUUUACGGUACAAAAUGCUAUUGCCAAUAUGUUGGGAUAGUACCGGUAGUUUGAUACUGCAGCUUCUCAAGCGUGCGGCUUGAAGGCUAGUGAAUGACUUAUGCGGAAUGCCGUGCCAUCAUUUGUCUUAUGCAGGAAUGAUGGGAGAUUCUUACCUGCCAUAGUGCAUGAUUACUUAUUAUAGUAACUUUGUAUUUUGUUGCCCAAUA